AUGUUCUACUCGCACCAGCUUCUUGCUCGCAAGGCUCCCCUCGGACAGAUAUGGAUGGCGGCGACAAUGCACGCGAAGAUCAAUCGGAGGAAGCUCGACAAACUCAACAUCAUAAAAAUCUGUGAAGAAAUCCUAAAUCCUUCGGUCCCAAUGGCUCUCAGACUCUCCGGAAUUCUCAUGGGUGGAGUCGUGAUUGUCUAUGAACGUAAAGUGAAACUUCUUUACGAUGAUGUAACUCGUCUUCUGGUUGAGAUAAAUGAAGCAUGGAAGGUGAAAGUUGUUCCAGAUCCGACCCUCCUUCCCAAGGGCAAAUCUCAGGCCAAGUUCGAAGCUGUCACAUUGCCUAUGACUCAAGAGAUUGAGUUAGAAGAGAUUGAGUUGUCUCUCAAUAAUACAAAUAGAGUGGAGUUCGAGCAUACCGACUAUUUCGCUAUGCGACUGGACGAUGUGGAAGACCCGUAUAUCAACAGCUAUAUCAGAGAGGAAGAUCAAUCCGUGCAAUACCAUCAAGCCGACGCCGCCAAUAUCACCUUAUUUGAACGUUAUGAUUCCUACCAGACAGAUGCAGAUGCAUACAAUCGCUUUGAAAGGUUUGAUAUUGAAGGAGACAACGAGACAGAGUUAAAUUCUCAUGAGAGGCGGAUAGAACUUCCGAGUACUCUGAUACCCUCUCCACCUCGUCCACAGGGGCCUCAAGAACCUGAUGAAAUCUUUGACCAGCAUCCUGAAGACCAAGUCAAUCAAAAAUCUGAUGAAGGAAAGGAAUCUAGUAAGGAUCACCAGAUAAAACGGCCAGCACGUAGGAAAGCUAGGAAGCCAGCAGCCUUGGAAAUGGAUUAUGAACAAACUAUUAUCCCUGGUCAGAUAUACCAGUCCUGGCUUCAGAGUGCUUCUGAUAUUGUGUCAAGAAGAGGAAGAAAGAGAAAGCACUCCAAAGUAAUGUCUACCAUGAAGAUAGGCAGCAUUAUGGAGUUGCCUCCUGUGGCACUUAUCUCUGGGUUGUUCAACAACGGAAAUAGGGAAAUACAAUAUCCCGCACCUCUUUUAGAACUGUGGAUGCGAUGUACCCAACUGCCCCGUAAUUCAUCUUCUGGUAAAACUUCUCCACCCCAUCCACCAGAACCUUCUUUAUCAUCACCUCCACAUAUAGCUGAUUAUAAUGCUCCAGUGGGAUCUCACGUUGGAGAUUUUCACAGUGGAUUCAGCUCUGAACCAUUGGUAGUUUCCUGGGAGAAGCAUCGUGGAAAUCUCAACAUUAAUGAGGUACCAGCUGACAUCCUCGUUGAGGGCCUAACAAACAAACUUGUGAACAAUGGUGCAAAUUUGGCUGAGACCAAUGUGAUGGUCACGCCAAAAGAUUCUGGAGAUAAAGGAAAAUCACUUUCCAGUUCAGGAUCUGGGCAUGGUUUCCUGUCAAAUAAUUCAGAAGUCAAUUCAGGCAGAUCCAACAAGAAAAGGCCUUAUUCGUCAUCUAGACACAGUAGCAGCAGUCUGGACCCGUUAGCUGAGGAGCACUCAUGGGAGGACCCAGAUCCAAAUUUCAAGCUAGCCAGACUAUCAGAAAAUGGCCCGACACCUGAGUACGAUCUCUUGGUAGAAACUGCACCUACACAGACUCAACUUCCAAUUCCAACCUAUAAUCAGCCUGUUGAUCAGAUUACUGAUUCUAUUAGAAUGCAGCUGAAGAAACAUUUUGAGACACCAGGAUCUGCUCGUGCAGAAUCGCUCAAUCAGCUAGCCUUUGGGAUGAACAAAACAAGAGCGGCCCAUCUCUUCUAUCAAACUUGCGUUCUAGCAACACGCGAUUUCGUCAGAGUUGAACAACGGGUGCCAUAUGGGGACAUUCUCAUUUCUAGAGGGGCAAAGAUGUGACAUUUUAAAUUCGCAUCCUCUUCUCUCAGGUGGGUUUCAUUCUAACAAAUCUUUGUUUUCUAAAUAGUGAUUGACACUUGGAACAGUAUAAUUUGGCAACGGCUAUAGAUUUAUAUAUAGUUUUCUCUGGUCUAGCUAGGAUUAAGGCAAUUUUGUAGCAUGUAAAUGGCAUGCAUUUUAUUCUAGCCUUCUUACACUGUUCGAGUCUCCCAUUUAUUCUUCUGAUCGGGUUUUAUGUUGAUUCCCUGUUGGAAUUUCAUGAUGAAAUUUAGGGUUUUGGGC